AUGGGGGAGAAUAGUCCGGAGUUGGCUCUGAUUUCAAUGGAGGAGGAUGGGUUGUGUUCAGAGGACAAGAUGAGGAAGUGGUUUUUGGAGAAGGGAGGACGGGAAUCGGGCACUGUAUAUGACACCACCACCGUGCUUAUAGAGCAGGACCAGCAGCUGUCCGAGGAAGACGAAGAUGAGGACGACGAUGAUGCCAAUGUGGGAACUAACUUGCCUUUCUUGGACGCUGCCAAUGAAGAAGGACUCCUGCUUAUGUCUGAACAGGAUGCUAUGUCGCAAGGAUAUGUUCAGCACAUUAUUUCUCCAGACCAGAUUCAUCUUACCAUUAAUCCUGGUUCUACGCCCAUGCCAAGGAAUAUUGAAGGGGCGACUCUUACGCUACAUUCUGAAUGCCCAGAGACCAAACAAAAAGAGGUAAAGAGGUACCAAUGUACAUUUGAAGGCUGCCUAAGAACGUACAGUACUGCUGGAAAUCUGCGUACACACCAGAAAACACACAGAGGGGAGUACACGUUUGUCUGCAAUCAAGAGGGUUGUGGGAAAGCGUUUCUUACAUCUUACAGUCUGAAAAUCCAUGUACGUGUUCACACAAAAGAAAAGCCAUUUGAAUGUGACGUACAGGGUUGUGAAAAGGCAUUUAACACUCUUUACAGGUUGAGAGCCCAUAAAAGACUUCAUACUGGUGAAACAUUUAAUUGUGUGACAGAGGGCUGCAGCAAAUACUUCACUACGCACAGCGACUUACGGAAACACAUUCGGACUCACACCAGAGAGAAACCUUUCAGGUGUGAUCACGAUGGUUGUGGGAAAGCGUUUGCUGCCAGCCAUCACCUCAAAACACAUGCUAGGAAGCACACUGGGGACAGACCGUUUCAUACCAGUGAUGGAUGUGAAAAAACUUUCAGCACUCAGUAUUGCCUGAAGAGUCACAUGAAGGGUCAUGAUCUUGCUAAUUUAGAAGAUCCAUUCUCAAGUCAUGAGGUGUGUGAUGAUACAAAGGAUUGGCUCUGUCUGAGUGAUUUAAGCACUUUAUCAACUGAAUCUGAACUGCGAGAAAAUGCUAAUGCAAGUCCUGGGCAAGUUCUGGGCACUUUGUUACAUCAGAAUAUAUUUGAAUCAAUGUUCCAGAGUCCUGAAAAUACAGAAGACAAUGAUAUUGGUCAGCAGUCAGAAGUGCUGUUAAAAACCUGGACUUCAGAUCCGCAGGCUUUAGACCCAGCAGAGAAACAGCAGUGCUCCUGAACCUCCACCAUCUCUGGUUACCCCUCUUGUAAAUCCUCCAGCUGUGACAGAGGAUCCUUUACCUACUACUGCUGGCACAACUUCCAUGCCUUUGCCACACGGGAGCAUUGGAUGUGGGACCCCGUCAACAAGCUCUGUGUCUUGUACAGUUUCCCAGCCCCUAAAAGUGCCUAUCCAUAAUGGGGGCCAAAUCUCCACCCAGGACAACUUUGUAACUCAACAGACCUCACAAUCUUUAGUGGAAAGCUUGACUGUGGUUGCUGGUCCCUCCUUUGCCCGUAGGAAACUCUUCAGAUGCUGUUCUACCAACACUGGUGCAGGCUGCAGUUUCCAAUGCCAACACUGUGUUGAGCAGCAACCCUGCAAUAACCAUAACACAGACUCCUAGUACUGCUUUGCUGCAACCUAGUUUAGUUAUGAAUGAGCAAAAUCUGCAGUGGCUUUUAAAUGGGGACCGCACCAAAUUCGGAUCAGUCUCAGCAAGCUCCGAAGGUGGAGAAGGUAUUCUUCACUACUACGGUCCCACUGACAGGCACAGGAGGCAAUGCUGUACAGCAGAUUGGUUUGAGCCUGCCUGUCAUCAUUAUAAAACAAGAGGAGUCCUGCCAGUGUCAGUGUGCCUGUAGAGACUCUGUAAAAGAGACUACCACCAAGGCCAAAAGAUGUUCUUCUUCAGAGUCUGACCCUGUCCCCAAACCAAAGACUGACCCACCCCCUCCUGACACUGUAAUUACUCCCUCAUCACCUUGUGAAGGCAGCAGUGGACACUUAUUGAACCCAACAGACUUACAACCUUGGACACCAUCAUCUAUAGAUAUCUCAGAUUUCUUAUCCCUUCAGAGCCCUGAAAACUCUUCCAACCUUGUUCCUGGGGACUCCUUACUGCAAGGAGACGAUAUCAGCCUUAGUGGGUUUUCUAAGUAG